AUGGUUCCUAAACCAAAUACGGAUGAUUGGCGUCCUUGUGGCGAUUAUAGAGCCCUAAACAAUAUCACUAUGCCCGAUCGGUACCCUGUUCCUCAUCUUCAGGACUUUGCUGGAGCCCUUUUCGGCAAAACCAUCUUCUCGAAGAUCGAUUUGGUGCGGGCUUUUCAUCAAAUUCCGAUUGCGGCUGAGGACAUUCCCAAAACGGCAGUGACGACUCCUUUUGGCUUGUUCGAGUUCCUUCGCAUGCCAUUUGGUCUCCGAAAUGCCUCACAAACUUUCCAACGUUUCAUUGACCGUGUUUUACGCGGCCUUCCAUUUGUUUAUGCGUAUAUUGAUGAUGUUCUCGUCGCCAGUCGAGAUGUGGAGGAACAUCUCCAUCACCUUACCCUGCUUUUCGACCGAUUUCAGCAGUUUGGUGUCACCCUGCAUCCUUCUAAAUGUGUCCUAGGAGCCACUUCUCUUGAGUUCUUAGGUCACCUGAUAGACUCAAACGGUAUUCGGCCUCUUCCCUCAAAAGUUGCCGCCAUUCGGGACUUUCCACCCCCUACCUCGAAGCGUCAGUUGCAACGGUUUCUUGGUAUGGUGAACUUUUAUCGCCGGUUUCUCCCGAACUGUGCCGAUACCAUCCUACCUCUGACCGAUCUCCUCUCAGGUCCCAAACGCACCUUUGAACUUACAUCAGCCGCACUCACGUCAUUUGAGCAGGUAAAAGACCUUCUGGCUGACGCCACCCUCCUGACUCACUUUCACGCUGAUGCACCCAUAUCUUUGAUGGUCUAUGCCUCCAAUGUUGCUGUUGGCGCGGUUCUUCAACAAAGUCUGCCGGAUUCUACCGUGCCUUUGGCUUUCUUCUCCAAGAAACUAUCCAAAGCAGAAACCCGCUACAGCACAUUCGGACGUGAACUUCUCGCCGCUUAUCUUGCCGUAAGGCACUUCCGGCAUUUACUUGAAGGUCGAGAGUUCACAAUUUUCACUGAUCAUAAGCCACUCACGUUUGCGAUGCAUUCCCACUCUGACAAGCUAAGCCCCCGGGAGAUCCGUCACCUGGACUACAUUUCGCAGUUCACUUCAGACAUCCGCCAUAUUGACGGGUCAAGGAAUGAGGUGGCUGACGCACUGUCCAGGCCCUCUAUUGCUCAUCUUCAGCUUUCACCCGGGAUAGACCUCGCUGAAAUGGCCGCUGAACAACGCCGUGUCGGUCCACCCUGUGAUGAGGAUGUUUCCGGACUCCAACUCCAGGAACUACCACUGACGACUGGCAAUGGCACCAUUUUAUGCGACGUAUCCACCCCUUCCCAUCGUCCAUUUGUGCCGCCAUCCCUCCGCCGUAAAGUUUUCUCCUCCCUGCACAAUCUCUCUCACCCUGGGAGUCGAGCAACCGACAAGCUGGUUUCCGACCGCUUCGUCUGGCCUGGUAUGCACAAGGACCUGAAGGCAUGGACACGGGCUUGCAUUGCCUGUCAACGGAGCAAGAUCCAGCGGCACAACAAGGCCCCUAUUGGUACUUUCCCCGGCCCUGGUGCAAGGUUCAGCCACGUUCACCUGGACAUUGUAGGCCCCCUGCCUCUGUCCAAUGGUUGUUCCUAUCUCCUCACCUGUGUGGAUCGGUUCACUCGGUGGCCUGAAGCAAUUCCCCUGCCUGACAUUGCUGCUCCAACGGUGGUCAAGGCUUUUCUCAGUCGUUGGGUUGCUAUCUUUGGUGCACCCUCCACAAUCACGACUGACCGUGGUGCCCAAUUUGAAUCUAAUCUCUUCCAGUCUUUACUCUCCUUUUUAGGCUGUACCCGCAUCCGGACGACAGCCUAUCACCCGGCUGCUAACGGGAUGGUCGAGCGGUUUCACCGCCAGCUGAAGGCCUCCCUACGCGCCGCAACCGAUCCGGAGGACUGGACGGAUCACCUUCCCCUGGUCCUCUUGGGCAUCCGCUCCGCUCUCAAGCCGGACCUUGACUGUUCCGCAGCUGAACUGGUGUUCGGCUCCACCGUCCGACUCCCCGGUGAGAUGAUCUCGCCAACCCCUCAAGGUGCAGCUGAGGAUCCUACCAACCUCCUGCAUCGUCUCCGGCAGUUUAUGCGGACACUUUCUCCGGUUCCUCCCAGGUCCUCCGCCUCUCCGUCUUAUCUCGAGAAGGACUUGGCAACGUGCUCUCACGUCUACCUUCGAUGUGAUCGAGUCCGCCGGCCUCUGGAACCGCCCUAUGACGGCCCAUUUCGGGUGCUCUCUCGCGGGCCGAAGACUUUCCGCAUUCAGCGCGACAAUCGUGAAGAGGUCGUGAGUGUGGACCGCCUCAAGGCUGCCGUCCCUGACACUCCUCCGGAUGAAUCCUGUGGUCCUGUACCUUCUGCUUUCCCCCAUGCAGCCUCUAUUCCACCGUCCCGUAUUUUCCCUCUGCCCUCCUGUCCGCCAUCUCCGACUGCCACCACCAACUCCAACACUUCCGCCACCGGAUGUAUUCACUCUUCUACGGACCCUGUAUAUAUCACUCGUAGUGGUCGUCAUGUACACUUUCCUGAUCGGUUGGUCACGCAUUUCUUUUAG